CGUUGCUUUGCUUAUUCCUCUAUCAUAUCAGUACUGUUAUCAUGUUAGUGAAUGGUGACAGUGAUGUAGUGGGAGAAGCUGCUAAAUUUCACAAGCCAGGCGAAAAUUAUAAUUCUCCCGGUUACAUUGUGACAAAAGAUACUAUGAGGUUAUUGAAAGAACACAUGAAGCAAACCGGUGGCAUAGUAGUUACCAGGUUUCCUCCUGAACCAAACGGUAUUUUACACAUCGGCCACGCAAAAGCGAUCAAUUUUAAUUUUGGUUAUGCAAAGAAACAUGGUGGCAUAACCUACUUGCGAUAUGAUGAUACAAACCCUGAAAAGGAAGAAGCAGAAUUUUUCGAAGCUAUUGAAGACAUGGUUCGAUGGCUGGGCUUUACUCCAUACAAGAUUACUUAUGCCUCGGAUAAUUUCCAACAGUUAUACGAAUGGGCAAUUAAGUUAAUCAAAUUAAAGUUAGCUUAUGUUUGUCAUCAGGCCGUAGAAGAAAUACGAGGUUUUAAUCCACCAACUUCGCCCUGGAGAGACAGACCGAUUGAGGAAUCCUUGCGACUGUUUGAGGAUAUGAAAAACGGCAAGAUUGACGAAGGUAUGGCUACUUUACGUAUGAAAGUGACAUUGGGCGAUGGGAAAGUGGAUCCAGUAGCUUAUCGCAUCAAGAUGACUCCCCAUCAUCGUACUGGUACUGAGUGGUGCAUUUACCCUACUUAUGACUAUACACAUUGCUUGUGUGAUUCCAUUGAGAAUAUCACACAUUCAUUAUGCACUAAGGAAUUUCAGUCACGACGUCCUGCGUAUUAUUGGCUUUGUAAUUCACUAAAUCUUUAUUGUCCAGUUCAGUGGGAAUAUGGUCGCCUCAAUUUGUAUUAUAGUGUGGUGUCUAAGCGCAAAAUUUUAAAGCUGAUAGAAGCCGGUAUUGUUAAUGACUGGGAUGAUCCACGGUUAGUAACUUUGACAGCACUCCGUCGUCGUGGAUUUCCACCUCAAGCUAUUAAUAUGUUUUGUGAACGUAUUGGCGUUACUAUGGCUCAAACAAUCCUUGAUCCUUCUGCUUUAGAUGCUUGUGUACGGGACUAUCUGAAUGAUCAUGCACCACGUGUGAUGGCUGUUUUAGAGCCAAUAAUAGUAACUAUUACGAAUUGGCAUGAACUGUAUGGCGAUAAGUCUUCUGUCGAGCUUACAGUUGCGGAUUUUCCUGCUAUUCCAGACAGUAAGACUCAUAGUGUCCUGUUGCAACAGGAGCUGUACAUAGAAAAUACAGACUUUCAAGAAGUUGCUGAGAAAGGAUAUCGUCGUUUAACACCUAAUCAACCAGUUGGUCUUCGUUACACGGGCCUUGUUUUAGAAUUUUCCGAUUUAAAAAAAGAUUCCGAUGGGAAAAUAUCUCAUUUAUUUGUGAAAGCCCAGAAGGUAGAGGAUACUACUAAGCCAAAAGCUUUUAUACAUUGGGUGUCCAAUCCUUUGCAGUUUGAAGCUCGACUUUAUGACCGAUUGUUCACCGUCAAGGAGCCAGAAAGCGAAAAGAAUGGAUUCUUGUCUGUGAUUAAUAAAAAUUCAUUAGUCAUAAUUCCGGGUGCUUUGAUUGAACAGUCUGUCAAAAAUGCUGAGGUUUACACUGCCUAUCAAUUUGAACGUAUUGGUUUCUUCUCUGUGGAUCCUGAUACUAACUCAAAACGUAUGGUUUUCAAUCGAACUGUUGCUCUAAAAGCCGAUCCUGGUAAAACAAUUUAA